AUGAGCUGUGUUCCUAAAAAAUCAACAGAAAAUGAAAAAGAAAAUGAGGAAAAGAAUAAGGCACUGCAUUUUGAACUAAAAUUUGAGCAUCAUGGUGUUCCUACUUCCCUUGUACAGGAUAUGGAAAAUGAUUGGUACUUACAAGCAGGCAUAGCUUAUAAAAGAAUUGACUCCUUUAUCCCAUUUUUUCAUGGUUUCAUAUAUUCUUUGGCAGAUUCUAAGGGUGAACUUCAGUUGAUGAGCGGUUCAAUUCAGCCCAUAGACGUUUGGCACAGUCGUGGUGUUAGGUACCAUGUGCAAUUUAAUGAGUUCAACCAACCAAUUAGGAAAGGUGGGCAUAUCUUGGUGCGAUUUCUAGGAAGUGUAGCAAAGGAUGGGACCUAUUGUCCAAUUGGAGAAAAGAAUUGGCAUCAUGUUGACGUGAAACUCAAAACUAAGAUUGUUAUGAAGAUGAGAGAACAUUUUGUGAUUCCUGAGGAUGAGGUCUAUAAUACAUUAGCUCUGCAACGUGUUGACAAAUGUUGGAGGCACUAUAAACACUCACUUAAAUUGACAUUCUUCAAACCCGAUAAGCUCACAGAGGAAGAACAUUAUGAUAUUGUGCCUAGUGGACAUACUCGUUCUGAAUGGAAACCAUUGGUUCAGUAUUGGUUCUCACACAAAGGACAGCAAUUGUCUCAACUUGGAAAAGCGGCACGAGCAGCUCAAAAUCAAGUUCAUACAUUGGGUUCUACUAGUUACGCUAAUAUACGAGUUGAUUAUGUAAGGAAUAAAUUUUCACUCAAAGUUUCAAAAUCAAGUUUAUUUUAUCUUUAGUGAUCAAGAUUCGUUAUUAAGACGUUUGUAUCUGUAUUAUGAAACCUGCAUCAGUCAUGGAGCUUAUUGCAUAUGCUUGAUUUGAAUCUGGCUUUUCAUGGUCUUUUUUUUUUUUAGUAUGCAUUCUUCUCCUGUCAGUGGUCUAACUUCAUUUGUCAGACUCAUUAGUGGGACAAACUUCUGGGAUCUUCUGUCAGCAUAGACUAGUAACGAGUUCAUUAUUAUC